AUGACAUCCAGUGAAAGUCUGAUUGUGAAAAGUGGAGUAGUAGAAGUUAACAUUAGUGAUCAUUUCUUGGUUAGUUGUGAACUUAAUUUAAAAAAGCCAAAACUAAAACCAACAUAUAUCAAUGCACGAAGUUUUAAAGAUUACGAUCGAAAUCAAUUUGUCAUGGAUUUAGCACAAAUUCCUUGGCACGAAAAUUUUUCAAUUGACGAUGUGAAUGAAAAACUCUCCUCAUUUAAUGGUCACUUUUUGAGUAUCUUGGAAAAACAUGCACCGGUUAAGAGCAUGAAAAUAAGAUAUCGCCGGUGUCCAUUUAUGAGUAGAGAGAUUAAAGAACUUAUGAAAAAUAGAGAUAAAUUACAUAAGCUUGCACGACGAACCAAGAUGACAACAGAUUGGGAAAAUUACCGUGUUUGUAGACAGGCUGUAAAAAAGGCGUUACGUGAAUCUGAAAGGAAGUAUGUACAGAAUGAAAUUCAUAAAAACUUAAACAGAAGUUCUAUGUGGAAAGUUAUAAGGAACUGCCUACCCCGUAAAGAGUCAACGGAACUUAAUUAUUCAAGAAAUAUCACGGAACUAGUGGAGGAGUUCAAUUCCUUUUUCACGACAGUGGGAAUUAAAGCAUCAGAGUCUGCCACUGCACUUUUAACUAAAUAUAAUCUACCAACCAUAGACUUACCAGUACCUGCUCAAAUUCCUGUGUCAGAUCAAUUUCAUUUCCAUCCGGUUUCAUGUAGUGAUGUACAGCAGAUCACCAUGUCUUUUUCCUCAAAUAAGGCACCGGGAUUAGAUAAAGUCCCAAUGAGUAUUAUCAAAGAUGCCUUACCGUGUAUCCUCCCUGCGUUAACAGAUAUUGUUAAUUGUUCAUUGCUUACGUCCGAAUAUCCAACAUUAUGGAAGAUGGCAGAAGUUGUUCCCCUCUUAAAAGAUGGGGAUCAUGAGAUCGCAGACAAUAAUCGUCCUGUGUCUUUGCUAAUUGCAGUAUCAAAGAUUUGUGAACGAGUUGUAUUGAAUCAAUUGACUGACUAUAUGUCACAAAGGAAAAGAUAUACUGAACACCAAAGUGGCAAUCGAAAAUUACAUUCUACAGAAACAUUAAACAUUUUUAUAACAGAUCAAAUCUUGCAGUCUAUGGAUCGUAAAGAAGUUACGGCCUUAGUUUUAAUAGACUUAUCCAAAGCAUUUGAUAGCAUAGAUCAUUCAAUUCUACUAGUGAAACUUCAAACCAUUGGUGUGUCUAAUUCAGUGUUGGCAUGGUUUAAAAGUUAUCUAUCGGGACGAAGCCAAAUAGUACGUAUUGGGUCGACAUUGUCGGAAACAUGUAUUAUAACUCGAGGGGUACCUCAAGGAUCUAUUCUUGGGCCGGCAUUAUUUAACAUAUAUAUUAAUGACCUACCCAAUGUUCCAAAAGAGUCCUCUUUGGAAUCUUAUGUGGAUGAUUCGAAAAUCUAUCUGGCAUUUCCAAUUCAGAAUGUUGAAACUGCUGCGCUUAAACUUACACAAGAUAUGGAAAGAAUUACCGCAUGGUGCUGUAUAAAUAGUCUGCUAGUGAAUCCAAAGAAAACGAAACUUCUAUUACUGGGUACAAGUCAAAUGCUGAAAAAACUCUCUGGCACAGAUUUCCAUAUAACUGUUCUUGGUGAGAAAAUAAUCCCACUUCAGACGGUUAAAGAUUUGGGAAUGACUUUGGAUUCAAGUUUGACUUACGACAAACAUAUUGUCGAUACCGUCUCAAAAUGUAUCACUGAAUUCUGCCAAAUCAACAGAGUUAAGCAUAGUUUCGACAAACACACUUUAUCCCUUAUUAUAAAUGCACUGGUCUUCAGUAAAAUGUAUUAUUGUUCCUCCGUUUGGUCGAACACCUCUAAAAGGAAUAUAUCAAAACUGCAAAGCGUGCAGAACUUCGCGGCACGCGUUAUUACUGGAAUCAGAAAAUAUGACCAUGUGACGCCUAUCCUUCAGCAAUUAGCUUGGCUUCCAGUUGAGUGUAUGUUAAAACUCAGGGAUGCGGUUAUGACAUAUAAGUGCUUGAAAGGGUUAGCUCCGCCGUACUUGUGUGACAAAUUCCAAAUGAGAUCAAAGAUUCACAGUGUUAACACCAGAAAUAAGGAUAAGUUAGACAUUCCACUGUAUAAUUCGGCUUCUGGACAGCGAACGUUUCAUUAUCGCGCAGUGUCUAUUUGGAAUGAGCUCCCAAAUCAUAUUAAAGACAUUGACACUUUGGACCGGUUUAAAAUAGAAUAUAAACGUCAUUUAUUGCAUGGAUUUUUAGAAAGUAGUUAGUAGUUUUAGACAAUUUGGACUUGUUUAAAUUAGCAUAUAAACGUUUUUACUGUAUGGAUUUUAUUAGGAAGUAGUUAAUCAUUUUUAAAGUGACAUUACUAAUAAUUAUAAAAUUUUUAAUUUGUGUUUGUAUGUAUGUACGUAUGUUUGUGGGUGUAUAUAUAUAUUGUUUGUAGUAUAUAAAUGAUUUGUAAGUACCUGCUGAAAAGCCCUUUUGGGAGCAGGCAAUAUUGUAAUAAUAAUAAUAACUUCCGUUGUCAAUAUUUUUUGUUUGCGUUGUCAAUAUUUUUUGUUUGCGUUGUCAAUAUUUUUUGUUUGCGUUGUCAGUAUUUUUUGUUUGCGUUGUCAGUAUUUUUUUGUUUGCGUUGUCAGUAUUUUUUGUUUGCGUUGUCAGUAUUUUUUGUUUGCGUUGUCAGUACGUAUUUUUUGUUUGCGUUGUCAGUAUUUUUUGUUUACGUUGUCAGUAUUUUUUGUUUGCGUUCAGAUUUUUUUAUUUGCGUUGUGACAUUUUUUGUUUGCGUUCAUAUUUUUUUAUUUGUGUUGCAAGGUUUUUUGUUGCGUGGUAAUUUUUUUGUUUGCGUUGUAGCUUUCUUUUAUUUGUGUUUUUAUUAUUCUUAAUUGCCAUUCCUUUAUAUUUAAGUCGUUGAGCCUUCUGGGCCACCGUAA